UCUGCCACAGUACUAUUUCAGAUCUCAAAUAUUUUUUUAGUACUCAACACAGGCUCCUCUAUUAAUUUUCUUACAUUAACCUUUACUUUCUUCUAUCUGAGCUAAAUCUCUUUUUCUCACUUUCUCUUCAAAUCAAGAGUUUGCUUCAGAUGAUAAUUUGAAGAAGAUAGCCGAAUUUGCGUGCUGCAUUUUCUACGAUUGAUGAGUAUAAGUGUAACGAGACUGAGAUUUGUUGAGUGAGGUUUUGAUGGAUCAUAUUUCAUCUACAGAGAGGCAUUUUGUGGUUGAUCUCGAGAGUUGUAGAAGUACAAGUGAAGAAGCAAGAAGUACUAAUUCUCCAUUAAAUGGCAAAGCAGGGGAUAUAUUAUUCACUAGUGUCUGUAAUGAUGAUGGUGAAGAACUUUCUAGAGCUGAAAAUGGGUUGAAUAAAAACAGAAAUAUAAAAGACGGCGAUGAGCUUUCUCCAGGGAAUGUUAGAGUGUUUAUAGACAAGACAAAUUUAGUAGAGAAGAAAACGGUGAAAGAAAAACGUAAAUCGAUGAGUGCUAAAAAACCUCCUAAGCCUCCUAGACCUCCCAGAGGAUUUUCAUUGGAUGCUGCUGACCAGAAGCUGAUAAAAGAGAUAGCGGAACUUGCUAUGAUCAAACGUGCACGGAUUGAACGAAUGAAGGCUUUGAAGAAAAUGAAAGCAGCCAAGGCAUCGUCAACAUCAUCAGUAUUGAAUGGCAGUUUCCUUGCCUUGCUCUUUACUGUCUUCUUCUUUUUUCUGCUAUUGUUUCAAGGGAUGUCCUAUAGAAGUUCAGCUAUGAGCUUUUACGAUUCUGUCCAAUCAGGCAGCGCAAGGAAGAAUAGGUUCAUUAUUGUACAGGACCACUCAAAUUUAUCCACUAGUAAUGCCAUCUUUGCGGACUCUGGAUCUUCUGAUCAUGUGGAGCACGCUUCUGGUUUAACUCAUGAGAAUAGUCCGGAAAGAGUCACAAGCUGAAAUUUAGUAUCAUUGCUCGAACUAUUCAAAUAUGAAUACAGAUUGCCACUACGUAUCUGGUAUGCACCAGCCUAGGAGUACUACGUAAGUGCCUCGGUACAAGACUUACCUACUCCGUAUAACCUGUACAGUGAUUGAUACUGGUUGAUUGAGACAAAUAACCACCAGCAUUUAUGCGAAGGAUGCCUCUGAAUUGCCAAAUCAGUAGCUAGCCUCAAAUUGACAAAUACCUUUUUUUUUUU